UUAGCCGUAUUUUUUUCUAUGCUGCGAGUCUCUUGUACAUCUUUUUCUAUUAAGUCCCAUAUAAUUUCACUUUUUGGUACUCGAAAUCCGGACAUCAGUGACAAAACAUGAAUGAAUUUUUAAUGGCGGCUUAAAAUUUGAAACAGAUAAUUUUGGUUUAGCAAUAUAAAACCCAGAAACCCGGGGAUGGAAACACAAAAUUUCGGUUAAGAGAUAUAAAACAAAACAAUCAGGGUUGGUUAUUGAACGGAACCGAACUGAACUCUGGUUCGGUAGGUUAAAGUACAGACGGUCUGGAUUAGACUCUGAAACCUAAAAAAAUCGCAACUCCGCCACCGAACCUGCAACGAUAGUGUUCUACUUGCGGCUUAAAGAGCCAUGAUGUGACGCCUAUGCUAUGUCGGGUCUAAUUAAGCGUAGAGGAAGCGCCUUCUUUCGUUCUCAAACCCUAGCCGCCAUUUACUCCAAGUUACAAAGGAGUAACUGCACGCUUGCUGAGGGAGUCAUGGAGAAGUGUUCAGUUAUUGAUGAAGACAUAAGUUCAGUUGAUACAUCAAAGUGGAAGAAGGUACGAGCAAUUGACUGUGGGAUUAGAAAUUCAAUGGUUCCUGAGUCCUCUUUGAAUGUCUUGAGACUCCUUAGACGUCAAGGUUUCGAUGCAUAUCUUGUGGGUGGAUGUGUGAGGGAUUUGAUACUCCAUAGACCGCCAAAAGACUAUGAUGUGAUCACUACAGCUAAUCUUAAACAGAUCCGGAGGUUGUUUCACCGUGCUCAGGUUGUUGGGAGACGGUUUCCUAUUUGUCACGUGUGGAUGAAAGGCUCGGUGAUUGAGGUGUCCAGUUUCAAUACCGUGGCACAAAAUGACACUGAGCAUGAAAAUGAUACGCGGGAGUCCAAAGAGAAAAUCAACCUAUUCAAAAUGUAUUCUGGUUGGGAUGCAAAAGACUGCAAUCUCUGGAGGAACAGCUUGCAAAGGGAUUUCACAGUUAACAGUUUGUUCUUUGAUCCUUUUGAGCUUAAAAUUUAUGACUACAACAAUGGAAUGGAAGACUUAAAGGAUCUAAAGCUACGUACACUCGUCCCAGCACAUGUAUCUUUCAGUGAAGAUUGUGCUAGAGUUCUCAGGGGGUUAAGACUCUCAGCUCGAUUGGGUCUAUCUCUUUCAAAGGAUAUUAAGACUGCACUACCUGAAUCUAUAUCGUCCAUUGCGAAUUUGAGCCCGGUUAGAAUAUUCAUGGAGAUGAAUUACAUGCUUGGAUAUGGAGCUGCUGCGCCUUCCAUCCUUCUUCUCAUGAAGUACAAGCUACUUCACGUUUUGCUUCCUUUUCAAGCAGCUUACCUGGAACAAGCUACUAAAACAUCUCAACAAAGUUCCUUAAUGCUAAUGAAGUUAUUCUCCAAUAUGGAUAAAUUGGUUUCCUGCAAGCAACCUGCCGACUCCCGACUAUGGAUUGCGUUGUUGGCUUUUCACAUCACACUAGUGCGUAACCCUCAGGAGGCUAUUGUACUGCACGCUUUCGCCUCGCUUCUCUACCACAGAAACUGGAGGGAAGCUCUCAGAUUCGCUAGAGAAAAUGAAAACUCAGUAGCUGGAUACGUCCCUGAGGUAUCUAAAAAAUCUUCGAGGAAGAGAUCCGAUGAAGAUCUCGCGGAAGCAGUCUCGGAAUUCGCAUCUCUGUUAAGAGAUACUCAAUAUGUUCUCACUGAUAUGGAGUCUCUCCACGAAGCCUUAUACCAUUUCCCGUCUUUCAAACGCUCUGGUCUGGUGUUUGUAUCGAAGAACAAGGGGAAACAGCUAGCGGAUUUGUUUACGGGAAUGAGUGACGUGGAAUCAUAUGAAAGCGAAAAACAUGGUUUCUCUAUUGACUAUUGCUCACUUGGGAAGGGAGUUACAUGCGAAGUAGGGUUUGUUCUUGGCAAAAUCAUUCUGGACACCAUCAUCGAACAGCCAACUCCGGUCGAGAAGAAACAGAGCGCCUUAGAUCAGAUUGUUCCAUCAGCUUGUAUGGAGGAGAAGAAGGCUGAGUUGGCCAUUUCUAAGGAGGAUAACAAAGGUCUAGGGCAAGUUCAUGACUCAAAGGUAUCAUCUGUUUUUAAGGCUCACCAAAAGAUUUUGAAGAGGAUGAGAGAAAACAGUGAGCACAAGAAUGAGCAAGAGUCUGAGGUUUGUCCGGACUCGACCUUGUCUGGUCAAGCAAAGAAUCAAGAUCAGUCUGUAGUCCAGGAACCUAAGCGGCUUCGGCCUCACAAAGAAGCACUAGUCCCAGAGGCUCCGAAACAAAAGGCUUCAAAGAGGUCAAAAUCAGAUGAACAAGAGAGUCUCGCUUGUCCAGCAAAGAAUCAGCAUCAGACUGUAGAUCAAAAGAAUAACAAAGGUGGCACUAAACCACUGGUAUCUGAUCCUCCUAAGCAAAAGAGCCGUUUGAAGGAGACACAGAAAGUGAAACACAACGACAUCCCUGUGAGGGAGAUUCAAGAUGCAAAACUCGGCUUCGUCUCUGACAAAUCUAUGAGCGAUCUUCUAAAAGUUCUUGUGAAACCAAGUCAACAAGCGUCAAGCAAAGAGGAGAGCAACUCGUUACCAUCAUCGGAGAAGACAAAGAAACCAAGAAAACUAUCAAGUCUCUUCAGGUGAAGCUGUUCCCUAUACCAAAAGUUGAGGGCUUAAAGCCAAGUCGCGAACCUUCUCCAGAAGGUAUACGUUCCAAUGGCAGUCUCACUCAGCAAUUUUUACAUGUGUACCAUGUAAGCUUGAACCAAUUCGUCUUUCAUCUUGUUUUUGAUUUUGUCUCCGUUAGAUGAUGUUGCAUAAUUUGUAAGGAACUAAAUCAUACGGUAAUAUAGAAGAAGUUAUAAUGAUAAAUCGAAUUCUAAAUUAAGGGAUGUUUUACUCUUUAGAAGUGAUGUGAAUACAGGCUUAAAACACAAAAGUUCAUAAAAAUUCUCACAACUUAUUGAUAUCAAAAUCAAAGACAAUGCAAAGAAUACAUGAACGUCUCAUCAGACAACUUCGAGUAUACAAAGCUCCACCAGCGGCUGUCACACUGAAGGCAAAUGAGUCGGGUCUUAUUUUUGGAUACUAAAACCCAUACUAUGAAUUUGAUAGUGUUUGUGUUUGUAAAUUAGAAAAGAAAGAAUGUCCUAUUACUAAGGAUCCGGAUAGUGUCGUUUAUAUGGUGAGACAUUUUAAAUUAGUAGGAAUCCUCUUUCAUCCCUCUGAACGUGAUGCUUAUAUGAGAACGAUGAUUGCUCACACCAAGGUACAUGGUUUUAAUCAUAGGCUCUCAUUAUAUGUUCCUUUUUUUUCUUAACUGAGGGAGAUAAGUUUUCAGGCCAUAGAUACAAAUAAUGAGUUUUCAUGACGCUGGAGCAGCCCUUGAGGGACGUCCCCCGUGCUGCAGAGCUCACUGAGGUAAAGAAGGUCGUUCACAAACUAAAAGGGAGUGUGAAGAUAAGAACACUUGUUGAUCAAGCAAAUGAAGAUCAAAAGUAAUCCAAGGCUUAACUCAAGUUAGUAUGGUGAGUUGAAGAUGGGUUAAGUUACUUUUGGGACCACAAGGAGGAGCCUCUCCAUUUUGUCCUCUUGUGCAUUAGGUUUGAAGGUGUCUCCACUAUAAAGGGAGGCUGAGAACGUGAGAGAGAGAUUGAGCCACACAAAGAGCUUAGAAGGGUGAGAGAAACAUGUGAGCUUAAGCCUACCUUUGGGUUUUCUCAUUAGAGCAUAGUAAGAUACAUUAGAGUGAGUUCAUGAGUGAUAUGAUGAGUGAAUCACUUGUAUCUUUGUAACUAUGUUAUACCUUCUAGUGGAUUCCGAGCUGUAGUCUCGGGGAGAUGUAGUGACCCUCGUUAACGGGCGCGAACUCCUUAAAUUGUGUGUGUGCUCCCAUCUUCUCCUUCUCUCUAUUCUCUUCUUCAUACUCUCUACAACUCUGUUUUAUGCAGUCUCUAUUUUGGACU